GUGUUUUACUUAGGCCUAGGACAAGAUCCGAUGUACAAAAGAUUCCGAGGAUGAACGAGUAAUUCCAAGUGCAUAGUCAAAACGAAAGUUCCUAAAUAGCAUAAGUUAGGCUUAAAAAUGUACAGUUCCAACGAGUUCCUGCACAGCGCCGGCGUCAGCCGCCACAUGCAAGCCACCGGCGAGGCGCCUUCGCAAAAAACGAGCAUGAAAAGACGCUCGUGCGAAGUGCCUCUAGGGGAUAUAUCGUCGAACAACUUUAAGAUAUCUUUGAACGAUAUCAACGACGGUAUAAGCUUCGACUCCAGGUCUCUUCGAUCUGAGGAUACGCGUUCCUUGCGCUACCGACCUAUAGACAGCCGUAGUGUCAAGAACUUUAGGUCCUCCUUGGUGGAUCUUUCCAACGUCUCCACAUAUUCCCUCUCUCGUCCUCCGAGCUAUGAUCAGCUGUCCCGAAGGUCGAUCAUCGAGGGUCCGGAAGGUCAGGGCAUGACGUCCAGCAUCGAGGGAGUGCUGUGGUCUGAUGAGGAAGAGACUGAAUACUUUUACCAUGAGAACAUCACUGCGGCUUGGAAUCAAGAUCUAGCAGCACUCCGGCAACUUCUAGAAACAGAGACCGGCGGUACCACUUGUCCCAGUUGUAACAUGCCCUUUGAUAAGGGUAAAAAGAGAAAACUCAUCGACACGUGCGGGCAUGAGCGCUGCUACUCCUGCAUGUUCAGAAACGAAGCGUGCCCUCUGUGCGCUAGGAAGAGCACCAGAAGACCAGUGAUGGAGAGGUACACUCCGUCCCCGCAGCGACCGGCAGACCAGGACUGGCAGUCGCCCAUGAGGCUACCCAAACCUCCCAAACAAACCACCAGCUUGGCCCAAAGCUGCCCCACACCACCGCACACCAGAAGAAGAUUCUUCCUCAGCCCGAAGUCUUUGAGGAGUCCUUUCGGGCAGAGAAGCAGGCAUUCAGAGAACCACGUACCCUUAUCAGGACUGCCGGAGGAAGGACCCAGGAGUGCGGCCUGGCCAAGCCUGGUGUUUAACAAAAUAAGGUCGUUGUGGUCUGCACACUCGUCGGUGCCACAGGGACUCAAUCAGUUGACAGAUGACGAGGGAGGUCACAAGUAUGAGUCCAGAAGACAGAACGACCUGUAUAUGCGUCUGGGUCUUCUCCUGGGGGAGAGAAGGAGAAGCAAAUCGCGGGAGAGUUGCAACUCUCUCGCUUCUCUGGACGCACAUACCCUGGCCUCGCAUAAUACCAGCCCGGUGUCAACCCUAACCGGUUCCUCGGAGGUGGACGCGGCGACACCCCUGGGUCGGGAGUCAUUGGGUUCGCUGGCGUCCAUGUCGCUCAGCAACUGUUCCAGCCCCGGCAGCCGACGACACUCUGCUACCGGUCUCCAAAACGGCAGAGAGGAGUUGACGCGUAUGUCUAGCGGGUUCUUCAAAAACAGGAAGACGGCCGCGCGCCGCUCAGCGCGAGCCAGCAGUAAACAGUCCACGGCCUCCGCUGAACUGAAGAAAGUUCACCCCACCCCGCAACUGACGUUACGGCCGUUAUUCUUCGAGGUGCCGUCCUGUGAUGGCAACACCUUCUCUGGCAGACAGUGGCUCAUGAGGGACAUGGAGAAGGCUCUAGAAUCUUCCACGUCAGGAAUCUUGAUCUCCGGUCGAGCGGGUACAGGCAAGACUGCUCUCAUUCUCCAACUGGUUGAAUACUCGUGCUUCGGUCGGAAGCGGUAUUUCGACGAGGAGCUACGAGAACAGACAGACAUACGGGAGGUGUUACCUGAGGAGGUGACGGCGGGGCUGGUGACGCAGUUAGCGUCGAAGGUUGUGGCGUAUCACUUCUGCCAGGCCGACAACAACAGUACUUGCCUUGUAGGAGAAUUCGUACAUUCCCUGGCCGCGCAGCUCUGCCAAGCGCCAAGACUGCAAGCCUACAGAGAAUACCUACUAAGCGAACCGCACUUACUUGCCUGUUUAUCUCUUAAGGAAUGCAUCGCAGACCCUGAUUUAGCCUUCAUGAGAGGAAUCAUAGAACCGCUGAUCACCCUACGGAAGAACGAAGCCAUAGAUUCAGGAAACAGCAUAAUUUUGGUCGAUGGGUUAUGCGAGGCGGAGUACCAUAGACCAGACCAUGGGUACACCAUAGCAUCUUUCCUGACCAGGCAUGUACCUGAAAUGCCGUCUUGGCUCAAAGUUGUGACCACCAUCAGGACCCAAUUUCUUGAACUGACCAAACAGCUACCGUAUACCAGACUGAGUUUGGACGAGUCAGAUAAUGUAAAUAAGGAUUUGUUGGAGUAUUUUAACUCUAGAGUCCAUUCCGCACCGAUCAUAGAAACGAACGUCAAGAGUUCCACAGGAAAAUCGGAGGGAGUCCACAAUUCUGUGACGAAAUUCGCUCAAUAUGUGCUCCAUCUUAGCCAAGGAUCGUUCCUGUUUCUGAAAUUAAUUUUAGAUCUUCUGGAACGAAGUCAUAUUGUAGUCAAAUCUACGAACUACAAAGUAGUGCCCAUUUCUCUUGCCCAGAUAUUUCUACUGCAGUUCAACUUACGAUUCCCAACGGUGCAGUCUUUUGAAAAGGUCACCCACAUACUAAGCGUCUGCCUGUCCGCCUUAUACCCUCUCACUUUGGUGGAGAUAUACUACUCAGUCAAUUCGUUGUUAGUCGACACUUUUAUGCCAUGGGAGGAGUUCUGCCUGAGAUUUGAGAGCCUCUCAGAUUUUCUGGUGAAGCGCAUCGACAACACAUACAUGUUCUUCCAUCCGUCCUUCAGAGAGUGGUUGAUAAGACGCGAUGACAACGAGAGCCCAAAAUUCCUCUGCGAUUUAAGAGCAGGGCACUGUGGCAUCGCUUUUAGACUAUCUCGAGUCCAAGCGCCUUUGGAUCCGGAGAAAUCUAUGGAGCUAGGUCACCAUAUACUGAAAGCGCAUAUGUACAGAAACCUAGGUCCAGCGCAGCUCGGUCUGUGUCCUAGAGACCUCCAGGCCAUGAUGGUGGCCACCAGCGCAGCAAACGUUGGCGAAGCUAUCGCCAAUUUAAGGAAUAUCUACACUCCUAACGUCAAAGUAUCAAGACUAAUGCUCCUAGCUGGUGCCUCACCAAAUCAGAUCACGGAGUGUCUUGGCAAUGCUCCAUUAUUGUGUAUGUACGCCUACCAAGGCAUCAUUUCUAUGGUGGGGCUGCUUAUUGAGUUUGGAGCGGAUCUGGAGAUGACAAACUCUCAAGGCUGCACGGCGCUGUCUCUAGCGUGUCAGCGUGGACACACUGAUGUAGCGAGGAUGUUGAUUGCAUCAGGUGCAUCUUUAAGCCACACUGACACAGCCGAACAGACACCCCUAGUCCACGCAGCCAAGAACGGUCACAGAGACACAGUGAUCUACCUUCUGGGCUGUCAGACCGGUAAGGACGAUAGGUCCUUGAUCAUGGAGGAUAAUAUCGAGCAACUCGUCCCAGGAGCAAGACAUGCGUUGAUUGGUGCAGCACAGAACGGGCACUUGGAUAUUGUGGAGUAUCUGUUGGAUACUGCUGAGCUAUUCCCGGACGGUAUCUGCCCAGUCACCGGUGAAACUGCCCUUACGGCCGCCUGCAGUGCCGGCCACGCAGCCAUUGCCGGAGCCCUACUUGCGAGGGGGGCGACCCCCUACUCGCUCAACGCUCGCCAGAUGUCGCCUUUAGCUUUAGGGGCGAAGGCUGGGCGAGCUGCCUUGGUGUUGAGGCUAUUAGAUGCGGGUGCUGAUGUGGGAGGCUCCGGGGGCAAAGUCCCGCUGAUAUUAGCGGCGGCGGAGGGACACGAUGAUGUGGUGGAGAUCUUGUUGGACCAUGGCGCGGAUCCUGAUGCUGUCGAUGCUGACGGUAUACCGGCUCUGGGCUGGGCGACGCUGCGCUCCAAGAUACCGACGGCAGUUGUGCUGCUGGACAGAGGGGCGACUAUCGAUCUCCCGGACGGCUCCGGACGGACGCCACUCGGGUUGGCGUGUGGCGGGCCUGCCGAACUCGCUUCACUCCUGUUGGAGCGAGGCGCAUCACUAGAGCGGACAGACCACACCGGCCUGCGCCCGCUAGACCGCGCGAUUGGACAGCGGAAUGUACCGUUGGUGAACUGCUUUCUGAAGAAAGGAGCGAAACUCGGACCUACCACGUGGGUUAUGGCAUCAGGCAAACCAGAAUUUAUGCUGAUUCUGCUAAACAAGCUACUGGAAGACGGUAAUCUCCUCUACCGGAAGAACCGGCCAUCGGAAGCGGCUCACCGCUACUCGUACGCGCUGAAGAAAGUCCAGCCAUUAGUUGGAGAAGACGGGGCUGACUCUGCCUUCUUGCAGCUCAAGACCAAUCUACUGCUGAAUCUGUCGCGGUGCAAGAGGAAACUUAAUGAACCAGCGGAAGCAUUAGAACUCGCGUCCCGAGCGUCCGUGUUACGUCCCAACGCGUUCGAGUGCUCGUACGCGUGCGCGCGCGCGUUACUGGCGCUCAAUCGCGCGUCCGACGCCCUACCGCACGCACGACGCGCGUUACUGCUGGCGCCGCACGACACGAGCGCGCAACGCACGUUACGCGCGUUACAACAAGAGGUGCUAGCGCGUAUAAACACAAAUGGCGGUGUCAGAAAUUUUGACUCUAUCAGCUUGAAUUUGCCAUGAAAAGAAAUAUUUCCUGAGUAGGCAAUGUAAUACAAUAAAGUCUUAAAACUGUAAAAAAAAAAUAAUAUCGUCCGAAACUUUACAAUAUUAGCUUAAAUUUGUUUAAAAAGUUCGAAGGUGCCUACACUGUUCGAGGGUGUCACAAAAACACAUUUUGUGGAUUGUCCCUGAGUGUUUAAUUAAUCUGCCUAAAAAUAAAUU